AUGGUGGAGGUGCAUGUUGAUUUUAAGGUGAAAAUAGAGGGAAAAACUGGGGAUGCAAGAGCUAUUAAGGGUGUUUUAGGGAUUUCACAGACAAAUCCGAGUUCCACCUGCACAGGACCAGCCAGAUACUCGAGGGCUAACCAAUACUAUUCAUCUUCUCCAGCUGGGACCGACCUUCUAACUGAACUGAAGCGUUGUAUAAAGCUGCACUUGGCAAUUGUUUCGAACAAGAAGAGUGGGGACCAUUUGAAUGAUGCAUUAUGGCAAAACAUUUUGAACGCCCUGGGAAGUCACCAUAUGCAUAUCAUUUGGGCUCACAAGUACUGGCCUCUUGUAAUGGACGUUGCUAGGAGGAACAAACUUCCUACGAUAUUGAGUCUAAUUAGGUGUUGUCAAAUUAUGGGUCAAUCCGAGCAAGAUGAAUUAUCAGCAGCCCAAAUUUUCUACCCGUGCAUGCAGUUUGCUGAUGUAUUUUUUCUUAAGGUGACUUUUGGUUUAAGCGAUGAACAUCGUUGA